AUGGCCUACACCCUCAUCAGCGCCACCCCGAGCCCCUACGCGCGCAAAGUGCGAAUCAUGCUCGCGGAGAAGAAGAUCCCCUUCACUCUCCAGACCGAAGUACCAUGGGACAGCACCACGCAGACUCCCCAAUACAACCCGCUGGAGAAACUGCCCGUGCUCAUCGAUUCUGCGACGGGGAAAGCGGUCUAUGAGAGCCAUUUCAUCCUGGAUUGGAUCGAGGCGAAACAUCCCCAUCCGCCCAUGUUACCGACCGAUGUGGAUGGGAGGUUGUUCGCGAAGCAGGUGGAAGUCGUGGCUGAUGGUAUGUCAUAUGAAUAUAUAUUCACAUCUUCGAUGUGGGGAGAAACAAAACUUAAAUUGUUAACAGGUAUCUGCGACGCUCUCGUCCUCUGCUUCUUCGAAAAACAACGCGAUCAACCGAGUGAGGCGUGGAAGGAACGACAGAUGCGCAAAGUGCAAGGCGGUUUGCAGGCCCUCGCGACGUGGGUCGAGCAGAACCACGGCGGGCCGUAUUUGAUCGGAGAUUCUCUGACUCUGGCGGAUAUCGCGGCGGGGAGUGUUUUGGGGUAUAUGGCCGUUCGAUGGCCGGAGCAUCCUUGGCGGGAGGAGCUUCCGCGGCUGAAGGCUUAUUGGGAAGCUCUGGAUCAGAGGGAGAGUUUUGCUACGACGAGGCCUUCGCCGCAGAAGAUUUCGGAUCGGAUUGUCUAG